AUUAUGGUCAAAUACUGGUCAACGGCAGCAUAAUGGUGAAAGGGGGUCAUUGAACAUUGUUAACCGAAUUGACCACCAUGGUUCGCUUCACGGCCACUAUAACCACCGCCAUCCACCAUCAUUUCCGGCGACAAAUUCGCACUUUUGUGAACGCAAGGGUAAAAUGGGUACGAGAUCCAUACCUGGAUACAUCAGUAGAGAAGGAGAAAAACCUCAAGCCAUUACUUUCUCUCAAGAACUUAAUCCUCUCACACCCAUCAAAAUCUCCACCCCUUCGCACUAUUUCUCCUCUAAAACCCAAACUGAAUCUUCCCACAACCGCCCUCAAAUUCAUUCAAAAUUACCCUUUUGUUUUCAAAACCUUCAGGCCUCCAAUACCCUUAUCCACACUACACGUAAAGCUCACUCCAAAUGCAGAAUCUGUACACAAUGAUGAGACCCUUUUGCUUAAUCUUUCACAUUAUCGAAAAGAUUUAGCGCAAAGAUUAGCGAAAUUAUUGAUGCUCACAAGAGCUAAAAGACUUCCUUUUUAUGUUAUCAAAAGAUUCAAAUUUGAUUUGGGUUUGCCUCAUGAUUAUUUGUUGAGUUUUUUACCUGAAUUUCCUGAGUAUUUUCAGAUUUGUCGAAUGGGUUUUAAGGAUUCGAAUGGUUGUGAGGUUUUUGGAUUGGAGUUGGUUAAAUGGAGGAAGGAUUUAGCUGUUUCUGUUUUGGAGAAAGGGGUAAAAUGUGAGGAUUUUGGGGGUGGGAAAAGAGUGUAUAUUAGGUAUUCGAUGAAUUUACCAAGAGGGUUUGAUUUGCAGAAGAAGGUGAAAAAUUGGGCUGAGGAGUGGCAGAAUUUGCCUUACAUUUCACCUUAUGAGGAUGCAUUUCAUUUGGCUCCUAAUAGUGAUCAAGCAGAGAAAUGGACAGUAGGGGUGAUUCAUGAACUGUUAAGCUUACUUGUAUCGAAGAAGACGGAGAGGGAGAAUAUUUAUUGCUUGGGGGAUUAUUUGGGAUUUGGAAUAAGGUUUAGAAAAGCUUUAGAGCAUCAUCCUGGUAUAUUUUACUUGUCAAAUAAAAUCAGGACGCAUACUAUAGUUUUGAGGGAGGCGUUUAACAAGAACAUAUUGGUUGAAAAACAUCCAUUGAUGAGAAUGAGGUACAAGUAUAUCAGUCUCAUGAACAAAGUGUUGAGAAGGGGAAUUCCAAUCAAUGCUGGAGCUCUUAGGCACAGGGAGCGGCUGGCUUCUUUAAAAGCAGCCAACAGCAAGAGGAUAAAACAUGUUAAAAGUGUAGAGACUAAAGAAGAUUGA